AUGGCGUGGGUGCUGCUGUCCUGCGACACCGUCGUUGUCCGCUCCAAGAUGAACCGCACAAAGUUUGAGACGCUGGUGACUAUCCACGUGCACCAGAAGGACCUCUUCCAGGAGGUCUGGAAGAAGGUGAGGGAGCAGAAGGUGAAGGACGAGCACGACUUCGAGUGGCUCAAGCAGACGCGUCUCUACUGGAAGAGCGAGACGGACCAUGCAGUGAUCUCGAUCGCUGACGUCGAUUUCGUGUACUCUUACGAGUACCUCGGCGUGAAGGAGCGCCUCGUCAUUACUGCCCUCACGGACCGCUGCUACGUCACGCAAUCGCAGGCGUUGUGCCUCCAUCUGGCUGAGACAAGGGCGCAUUACUGGCUCGUGCGCCUGCGCGCGGACGUGGACUACAGUCGGAGCGCGAUCAGACAGGUGAGGAUGUGA